AUGACCUCCUUCCAAAACGUCGCUCUUCUCGGCAAAGGCAUGCUGGGGACCGCAAUUCUUGAGCAGCUGGUCAAGGGCGGCUACGCCGUCACCCUCCUCAGCCGUGAUCCCUCCAACAUCGAGGGCGUUCCCUCCGAUGUCAAAGUAGUCCAAGUCGAUUACUCCUCCAAGGAGAGCCUCGUCCAAGCCCUCAAAGGGCAGGAUGUCGCGAUUGCUACUCUCGGAGGAGCUGCAUUGGCUGGGCAGAAGCUUAUCAUCGACGCCAGCAUCGAAGCUGGGGUCAAGCGCUACAUCCCAUCAGACUUUGGCUCGUUCACCACAGACCUUAAGGCACGAGACCUGCCGGCGAUCCAAGUAAUGGCAGAGAUCCAGGACUAUCUGCGCGAAAAGGCCGAUUCCGGCGCUCUUGAACACACAAUUUUCUCAACCGGUGCCUUCCUGGAAUACGUUCUUGAAUCUCCCUUGGUAGCCAACCUGAAGAACCAUUCGAUGGAGCUUUACGACGAGGGAGUGCAUAAGUUCAGCUCAACCUCUGUUUCUACCAUCGGAAGUGCCAUUACCAACGCCCUGAAGGUCCCUGACGCGACAAAAGAUCGAAACCUUCUCAUCCACGAAGCCGUCUUCACUCAGGCCAAGAUUUUAGAGCUGGCAAAGAAGCAUAGCCCGCCAGGGACGGACUGGAUAGUGACCCAGGUUGAUGCCCAGGAAGCGCUGGAUCGGGGCAUAGAACUGAUCAAUAGUGAUCCCACCAACCCCCAUGCUGCGUUCCCCUGGCUGAAAGCUGCAGUUUUAAGUGGUAAGUAUCGAGCGGCGUACGACAAAGUUGACAACGAGCUUCUUGGUAUCCGUCUCCUCACAGAGGAAGAGAUUGAAGAAAAGAUUUCCGCUGCUGUUUAA